AUGAAUACGUUCUAUAUCGCAAUUGAAUUGAUAAUUGCGGUUCUGUCAAUCGGUGGCAAUGUUCUGGUGUGCUGGGCUGUAGCUAUCAACACUACACUUAAGAACGCUACUAACUAUUUUUUGGUGUCGCUGGCCGUUGCUGAUAUAUUGGUCGGCUUGCUUGCCAUUCCUUUUGCCAUCAUCAUAAGCAUUGGUUUACUUUCGGACUUUUAUGGAUGUCUUUUCCUCGCUUGUUUUGUUCUUGUACUGACGCAAAGUUCAAUAUUUAGUCUUCUUGCUGUCGCCGUUGACAGAUACUUGGCUGUCAAAAUACCUCUCAGAUACAAGGAGCUGGUGACGGGGAAACGCGCCCGAGAGAUCAUCGCCGUCUUAUGGAUCCUGUCUUUCGUCAUCGGACUCAUCCCGUUCAUGGGCUGGAACAGAAAAGAUUACGCCUGCUCCCCGAAAACAAACAGCACCCUGCAGCGGAACGUUAGCGGCAGCACCCCGGACUACGCCGCGACGGCCACAACGGAGAGGCGGUUCCUGCAGAGCUGCGAGCUGCUGUGUUUCUUCGAGAGCGUGGUGGACAUGAGCUACAUGGUUUACUUCAACUUCUUCAUCUGCGUCCUGCCGCCGCUACUCAUCAUGCUAGUCAUCUACAUCAAAAUCUUCACCGUGGCGCGGAAGCAGCUGCGGCAGAUCGAGCUGAAGUGCAGCGUGAGCAACGGCGACAGCCAGCACCACGGACUCCUGCAGCGAGAGAUCCGCGCCGCCAAGUCGCUGUCGAUCAUCGUCGGGCUUUUCGUGCUGUGCUGGAUGCCCGUUCACAUCCUCAACUGCCUCACGCUUUUUAACAACAAGCUGGAGAAGCCGGACACGGUCAUGUACGUGGCCAUCAUCCUGUCGCACGCCAACUCGGCCGUCAACCCCAUCAUCUACGCCUACCGUAUCCAGGACUUCAGACAGACCUUCCGCAAGAUCCUGGCGCGUCACUUCCUGUGCCGGAGGGAGGAGCUGUACCUCAGCUCUAACGGGAGUCGAAGGAACAGGGACCAAAUCACCAUGACGAUCCAUCCUCUGUUAUAG